AACGACUCUGUGAGCAAGGCGUGGAAUGAUGUCGUAUGCUGAGUGAAACAGGAAGGACCUGCCAUUCGAAGGAUUUUGCUCCGGCGCCAAAUUAGCUUCGGUGUGAAAAAGAUUAGUUUCCCCUUGGGAACUUUGACGUUUAUUUAUGACGCCGGUUAUGUCCACAGACGCUUGGAUGCUUUGUUCUUAAAAUAUAAUCAUUGUUACAGAACUUAAAAGGAAAAGUAAGUUUUCAGGUUUUCAAAAGGGGAGGAACACUUUCAGGAAUGAGAAAAAACUGUGUUUUGAAUUUUUCUGACACCUUUGAUCAGAGCGGGACGCCAUUGGAACCAUAAAGUGUCGCGUGAGUUGAAAGUUGACUCGGAGGACCAAUCAGAUAGAUGAUUCCUAUAUCUGACAUCUAAGUUUUUAAGGCAUUGCAGAACUCAGCGUCCUGAGAAGGAAAAACCAUUGAAUUCUUGACUCACAUGUGGCUGGCAGGCAGCUAAUUUUGCUAAGGCUCGCAGGCGGUUAGUUUUGCUACAUCUAUACAUUGUAGAAAAUGAAAAAGACUUCAAAGACAAUUGAGAAAAAUUAUUUCCUAUUGUAAAUAGAUUAUCAAUUCAAUAUGAUAUGCAGUCUAGAAUUAGUAAAAUAUUUGUCUUCUGAGCCGUGAAAUAACAUAAAUGGGAGCGAUCCAUUGCAGUACCGGAUGUGAAUGUGAUAAAGAUGAAGUGGAGAGUCCAUCUUCUUCCAUUAAAGAAGAACCAGACCUAAAUGAAAUGGUUUUGUCUGGAGAGAAAGAAGCCGCAUCCGUGGAGUCAUACAAUAAGCUCUUUUCAUGGUUAAUCCAAAUGUCAGAGACAGAUGACGAAACUUCGGACAAAUCACCAAAAUAUAGAACCGGGGACAACAAGAAAAAUCAUAGCUGGCGGCAACUUUUUAAUCAAAAUUCUGGGUCUUUCGAGUCUCAUUGCAGUUCGGAUCAACCCUACUGGGGUGGCAUGUUUAUAUCAUCUGCUUCUGAGGAAAUACCGGAAGAAGAUGAUAGCGACAUGCCUUCAAAGCAAAGUAGUUUUGAGGUCGACUCGUUUCCGGACCGACCGACCAAGGACUACCAGGAAACCACGCUAAGAGUUCCGGUCCGUCGAGGAACUCUGGUCAAACAAAAAUCAGUAUGCGACUCGCAAUACAGCGAAAGUGACUAUGCCGAAACUCGUUUUGACGUUCCCCAGAUACAAAUUGAAGAAAGCGACAACUCUCAUGUUGCUCCCAAAACAAGGGAACUAAAUUUGCUACGAGCGAGGCUACAGGAUAUACAAAGUAAGAAAUGUAGACAGAGGAAUGAUUUAAUCAAACAGAAAUCUGAAUCAUGUGUGGAUCGAAUCUACCGCCACGACCAAACAUUUCUAAAAAGACGAAGAAAAGCGGCUGCUUCCUGUGACAAUAUUAACAAACGAGUUCUGAAAGUGCCAAGUAUUCAAACGCAGGCCAGCGAAGACGACGUCACAUACUCUUUCAGUGAAGCAGACGACCAGAAAAACGCAGAGACAAUUCCUCUCCAAGAUAUGGUUGAACAGGAGGAUACCGUUGAUGCAGAUCUUACUAGUGUGAAAAACAGGAAAAAUGGCUUCAGAGAAAGGGUAUCGGAAUUCUGGAGCAAAAGUGUCGGUAGUAUGAUUGGUAAAGGCACUCGAACUAGGCCGAAAUUAACUCGCAAAAGUAAUAGUCUUUUUACUGUGCAACCUAGUAUAGAUUCCCAAAUUAUGAAAGAUGACAUUAAAAAGAACUUUUAUUCUGAGAAAAUUUUAGAUGAUAAAUUGUUGGAUGCAAAUAUUGCCGACAUUUUAUUCGCAGUUGAUGCAAUUUGGCCCAAGGCAUAAUCGUUUUGGUUUUAAAUUCACGGGAAAAAAAUUGGAUAAUCACAUUUGCGUAGAUGGCAUAGAAUGCGACGAAGGUUUUAAUACUGACUUUUGUCAAUCGUUGUUACUGUUGUUUCCAUCCUUAAUUGGAUUUUUGUUGUGUGAAUUACAAUAUAAUUCCACAUGGACACAUGAUUCUAUUUGAUAAUUUUAUUUUAUCUAGAGAAUUUUAUGACUGUAAAAUGUUCUUGAUAAUACAAUAAAAUAUAUUUAGCUAUA